CAUCUCCUGUAGUAUGUCUGCAGUCUCUGGUCAUCUCCUGUAGUAUGUCUGCAGUCUAUGGUCAUCUCCUGUAGUAUGUUCACAGUCUCUGGUCAUCUCCUGUACUAUGACCGCAGUCUCUUGGUCAUCCCCUGCACUGUCUGCAGUCUCUGGUCAUCCCCUGUACUGUCUGCAGUCUCUGGUCAUUUGUACUAUGUCCACAGUCUCUGGUCAUCCCCUGUACUGUCCGCAGUCUCUGGUCAUCUCCUGUACUGUCCGCAGUCUCUGGUCAUCUCUUGUACUGUCUGCAGUCUCUGGUCAUCUGCUGUACUAUGUCUGCAGUCUAUGGUCAUCUCCUGUGCUAUGUCCACAGUCUCUGGUCGUCUCCUGUAGUAUGUCCACAGUCCCCGGUCAUCUCCUGUAUAUGUCCGCAGUCUCCAGUCAUCUCCUGUAGUAUGUCUGCAGUCUCUGGUCAUCUCCUGUACUGUGUCUGCAGUCUCUGGUCAUUUCCU